AUGGAUAUCGCGAAGACAACCGCCAUAUCUGUUGGCCCAGCUGGCCGACUUUCUCCCAUCACAUCUGGAGAUACGUCGGCCAAAGCAACAGGGCCAUCUCCCGUGCACGAGACGUCAGUCGAAAAUGACGAUCGGUCGGUCAACAAGAUAGAUCCCGAGGAUCAGCGCGACGACGAGGCAAGGCUUGUGAAUGGUGGAGUUGUCAUUCGGGAUGGCAACGAUGUCGCAAGAUAUGUGGUGUCGACCCAAGAUGACGGAGAUCAAGUUCUCACAUUUCGGUCAUUCAUCAUUGGAUCCGGCUUGACGGCUCUUGCUGCUUGUAUAAACCAAAUAUUUCUCUGCCUCAUGGCCUAUGUCAUCGGUGUCACUUGGUCGGUUGUCCUUCCGCGCCGUCACCACGUCGAGAAGUUUCUUCCAUCACAGGCAAAAUGGCUGGGUCCGGUGGUUCACUUCAUCAACCCUGGUCACUUUGGCCUCAAAGAGCAUGCUAUUUCUUCCAUCCUCUCCACGUCCAGUGGCAACGGAGCAGCGAUUGUACAGGUGUUUGGUGCAGAGAGACUUUUCUACGAUCGCGAGACCGACGCUACGACCGCCAUCCUCACCGUGUUCUCAGCCUCCAUCUUUGGCUACGGCCUUGUUGGUCUACUUCGGUCCAUUAUUGUGCACCCCAGCGAGAUGGUCUGGUGGCAGUGCCUCCCAAUGGUCUCAAUCUACCAGACCUUCCACCGCGAAUCAGAGGGUUCCAACCACCAGCGUCUGAAGAUGUUCAGUCUGACCUCGAUUGCCAUGUUCAUCUGGGAGCCCUUCGCCUCCUACAUCUGGCCGUGGCUCAAUGGCAUUUCCAUCCCUUGUCUCGCCUCAAUGAAUGCUGCUCCGCCAACGCGGAAGAUUCUGAUGACCAUCUUCGGCGGUAUCUCAUCCAACGAAGGCCAAGGUCUAUUCAACUUCUCUCUCGACUGGCAGUAUAUCACGUCGCGAUACAUGUCCCUCCCGCUUCUGCAGCAGGCGAACUCAUGGGCCGGCAUUUUCCUCAGCUACAUUAUGUGCUUCAGCCUCUACUACGGUGGUGCCUGGGGCGCCAAAAAGUAUCCAUUCAUGUCGACAGCAAUGUUCGAUGCGAAGACUGGAAAGGUGUACAACCAGACUGCUGUAUUUGGGCAGACUGCUAUCCUCGAUAUUGAUGCAUUGGAAGAACACGGCCUGCCCCGUCUGACGGCUACGAAUGUCUGGGCCAACAUGGCCGCGAUGGCCGCCAUCGGUGCUCUCAUCACUCAUAUCUCUCUGUUCUACGGUCCUCUCAUCAAGCGCUCGCUCAAGCAGGCCUGGAAGAAGGAAGAAACGGACCCGCACUUCAAGGUCAUGAAAGACAACUACAAAGACGUGCCCAUCUGGUGGUACGUCGCCAUUCUUCUCGUGGGAUUCUUCCUAGGUCUAGGAGCCGUCAUCCACGGUAACACAACUUUGGACCCUUGGGCCUAUGUCAUUGCCAUUCUACUUGGCUGUGUCGUUGCGCCUUUCUCGCUAUGUCUCUACGGUCUUCUGGGAACCAGCGUGUCGACGAACAACCUGUCGAAGAUGCUGUGUGGCGUUCUGCAGCCUGGUAAGCCCGUUGCCAACUUGUAUUUCUCCAUGUUCAGUCAUGAGGUGACGGUGCUUUCCGUCUUUCUGUCGACGGAUCUCAAGAUGGCGCAGUAUCUGAAGAUUCCCUGGAGGACCAUGUUCCUGCUUCAGACAUAUGGAAGCCUGUUCGGCACCGCAUUGAACUAUGUUAUCAUGGACACCAUCACCAGAAACCGCAGGGAAAUUUUGCUGGAUCCUCUUGGCAACCAGGUCUGGAGCGGGCGAAAGAUUCAAUCCCUCAACACGACUGCCGUGACUUGGUCUCUUGCGAAAUACGUCUACGGCUUCGAUAAGGACGGUUAUGGCUGGAUUCCCCUUUCUAUCCUCAUCGGCGCCGCCAUUCCGGUCAUCCUGUGGCUCGUUUCACGCAAGUACAAGACCAUCAGCGGCUGGGAAGUCCGCAAGCUCGUCGCGCCCGUCAUCUUCCACAACGCCUCCGAGACGACAUCGGGCACGACGUCCGUCAUUUGGUCGCAGAUCGCCACCGGCUUGUGGUCGCAGUGGUACAUGCGACUCCGCCAUCCGGCGUGGUUCGGCAAGUACAACUACAUUGCUGGCGGAGGCCUGGACGCGGGCGCCAAGGUCAUGAUGUUUAUCCUGACGUUCGCCGUCGCCGGAGGCUCUGGCAAAGAGGCGCCUUUCCCGACUGUAAGUGCUUCUUUCCCAUCGAUCGUUGCAAUAUGCUAA